AUGGCGGAGUGUGUCCCAACUCCAGACUCACCAGAGCCUCCAUCAGAUGAGGAGUAUCUCCCCGUGGGGAGUGGAGAAGAAGAGGGAGAGAGUGGAGGUAGUGGUGUGCUCAAGGCUCAGACAAAGGAGCACAGUCGGUACAUAAAGCUAAAUGUCGGUGGUGCACUCUUCACUACGACCCUGGGGACACUUCUCAAGGAAGAUAACAUGCUUAGGGCAAUGUUUAGUGGUAGAAUGGAGCUCCAGACUGACGAAGAUGGAUGGGUACUGAUUGAUAGAAGUGGGAAACACUUUGGAUUAAUAUUGAAUUUCCUAAGAGACGGCUCAGUCGCCCUCCCCGAAUCAAAGAAAGAAUGUACCGAGCUCCUAGCUGAAGCAAAAUUUUAUCUUAUCGAUGAUUUAUCGGAUGCUGUUGAGCUCCAACUGGCCAAAUUGAAAGAUGAGUAUGAGCCAGGCUGUAGAGUGCCGGUCAUAACUUCUCCAGAAGAAGAACACCUCAUUGUAUCGUCAUCAAGCAAACCGGUGGUCAAAUUACUGUAUAAUCGUGGCAGCAACAAAUACUCAUAUACGCCAAUAAAAUUUAUAAAAGACAUAGUGGGUCGCGGCGAGAUAUGCUGCUGGGCAUUUUAUGGAAAUGCCCGCAAAGUAGCCGAGGUCUGCUGUGAGUCCAUAGUCUAUGCCACUGAUCGCAAGCACACUAAGAUAGAAUUCCCAGAGGCUAAGAUCCUUGAAGAGACUCUCAAUAUAAUGCUGUAUGAAGGAAUUCGAGGUGAAGACACUGGUAUAGCUCGCACUGCUCAUAUUGAGCCUACGUCUCGGACGCGGCGAAAUAGAACCCCAGAGGGUUUUCUAUCCGAAGAUCAACCAGCUCAGUCGCAACAGUUCCCAUCCUAA